AAUACCAAGUAUUGUAACUUCAGCAUUAUUGUGACAAGUUGUCUUUGCUCUUGGUUGGGGAUGGAGUGGUCUGAGCUGGGAUGUUCAGAUGGUUGUAUUUUUCUUUGGUGGUGGAAUUACCUUAGAUGGAGCUGAUGAUGGUCAGUCAGUCUGCAGCUGUAGCUGGCCUAAUCUCUAGUUGGGGAUGGGCAUAUGUCAAUCAUCUGGACCUGGCGGAAUUUCUCACUACCUCGGGGUGGGCAUCCCGAGGCGGAGGCAGAAGGAGAUUAAUUAGCGUAGCUGCUGUUCAUUAACUAUGCAUUAAGUGAAAGCUUGGCUGAAAAGAUGUGUCUUUAAUCUAGAUUUAAAUUAGGAGAGUGUGUCUGACCCUCGAAUAGUAUUAGGAAGGCUAUUCCAGAGUUUAGGUGCUACGUAUGAGAAAGCUCGACCCCCUUUGGUGGAUUUAGUUAUUCUAGAUGUCAUCAAAAGUCCAUCAAAAGAGUUUUGAGAUCUUAGAGAGCGUGAUGGGUUGUUAUGGGAUAAAAGCUCAGUUAAGUAAGUAGGGGCUAAACCGCUUAAGGCUUUGUAAGUAAUUAAGUUUACCCGCAACUUAAUUAAGGGGACGUCAAGACGCAACGUCAUGCCCAUCCCCUUUCAACUGCUUCUGUUGCCACUACUCCCCCUGUUCCUGCUCGAAGGGCCAUGUCUCAACCUGCACAUACCAUCACAACGUGCAACUGUUAUUGCUGUCCCAGCACCUCCAGCUUCACCAGCACCACUAUACCAAACCCUGGAUGAUGAGUUUGAUGACUGUCUGCUUCAAACUGAGAUCAAUGAAAUAGGAAUGAGGCAGCAGGAGCAAAUACAGGGCUCUACUCUGAGAACAUUGGUGUGCCCUUACUGUCAGAUGGGUGGGCUGGAUGCUAAGGAACUGCGGGAUCACUGCAAUGCCCAACUUGCCUAUGACAGCACACGUGUGGUUUGUCCUGUGUGUGUUGUUUUGCAUCAUGGUGAUCCACAGUACUACAGCCGCAAUUUUAUCGGCCAUCUUAAUCUGCGACACAUUGAGGAUAUAACUAAUGAUGAAGUCAACUUUCAGUGUGCCCUCAUGGAGUCAUAUAAUGAAAACAUCCCGAUGUAACCAUCAUUUUAAAAAGUGAAGUAAGCAUGGUUUUGGUGUAUUGAUUACUAUUUGACAUUAGGGAAAUAUUUUGA